AGUAUAAAAUUAUUGCUGCGUCGUCACUCACAGACUUUUGAUAAUGGCUGAACACGAUAUCGGAAAUUUGGAGAAAUCCUUGGAAGGAAUAGGUGAAGUCCUUCAGCGUAUAUCCGAAACAUUAACCGAAUUUGAACCUGUAUUCGAAACUAUGAUGCCAAGAAUUGAAAUCCUGCUUGAACAAACUUUAAAUAUGUCUACUGCAGUGAUUCAAAGAUUAGAUAGGACGACUCAAAAUCCAAAUGCAGCCCGUGGUUAA